AUGCCUAAGAUACAACCGGAGGCUAAGAGAAUGACGACAAAAUACACCUGCCGGCAGCAUCAAAUGAGACCCUAUGAAUGCCUUAAGAACGGGAUCCACCUUCAUUUCCUUUGUGAAUACGGAGACCACAGCAUAAACACAAGCGAGAGCGGUCAGAACCAAAUCCUUGUUGUCAAACAUGACGGAUAUGAUAUUCGGAAGAACAAGGAAUUCAUUCCCAAUUUUGAAAAACACAUGUUCAUCCUUUUACUACGGGAAAUACCCUCGUCUGCUUCUCCGAUACCAGAUCUAGACCCGAUCAAUACCGAGUUUCUUAGAUUAUGGCCCAACAUAUCAUCACACCUUCAUAAGCUAUCCAUUGAGAUGGGACCUCAAGAGGCUGGAGCUGGUGAUUUCCAAGCACUUAUGAGCUCGCUCAAGGCUAACAUAACUUUGACUACCUUGAAUUUGAAGGGCUAUCAUCGGACAAUUCAAUUGAGAAGGAAGAUGCUAUGGGAGGCAUUCAAAGUUAACAUGCUUUUGACCACUGUAAAGCUGAGAGGCAAUUUGAUUAUGAAUGAAGGAGCUCAAGCAUUGUCAGAGGGUCUCAAGAUUAACACGACUUUGACCACUUUGGACUUGUUGGAGUAUAGUUAA